AUGAAAAAGCAAAACUUCAAAUCAAGAAUCCUACACCCUCAUCUCACCUUUAUAACACACCCUCACCUCAUUUUCAUCAUUCACAUUCAUACAAAACUUUUUUUCAUAAUAGUAUCUCAAGCCAAAGGCGCCGGAGAUCCUGCAUCAUGUGUUAACAAAAGAGGCAAUUACACAGCCAAUAGCACCUACGACAACAACCUCAAAACCCUUAUAUCUAGUUUCUCUUCCCAUAAAGAAAUCAACUACGGUUUCUACAAUUUCUCGUAUGGCCAGGAUCCAAACAAAGUAUAUGCCAUUGGAAUGUGUAGUGGAGAUGUUAAGCCAAAUGAGUGUCUAACAUACAUAAACAGUUCUUUUGCCUAUCUUAGAGAGCAGUGUCCAAAUCAAAAAGAGGCGAUUGUUUGGGGUGGGAGUUUAACUUUGUGGUACUCAAACCGCUCAAUAUUUAGGAUAGUGGAAACCGAACCUUCAAUGGGUUUGGUAUCUUCGGGAGCUGUAACUGACAUGGACAAGUACAACAAUACACUGAAUAAACUCUUGACAGAUCUUAAAGACAAAGCUGCAUCAGGUGACUCCCGUCGUAAAUAUGAUGCAGAUAAGUCUGAGUAUGCAGAUUUUGCAACUUUACAUGGUUCAGUGCAGUGUGUGCCUGAAUUGUCGUCGCAGCAAUGUAUUGGUUGCUUGGAAGCAAUAAUAUCAGAAAUUCCAUUUUGUUGUAAUGGCACGACCGGUGGACGACUUCUUCAACCAAGUUGCCGUCUCAGAUAUGAAACUUAUAGAUUCUAUGAUUCUACCAUUGAGUUAGACUCAGUUGCAACUCCACCAUCCACCAAUAACAUUUCUUCAGGUCACAACAAAACACCUACUGUCAUCGCCAUAGCUGUGCCAUCCGCUUUUGUGGUUUUGGUAGCUAUUCUUAUAUGUUUCUGUUUGCGGGUGAGAAAACCAAAACACAGUUUUGAAGCUUACAUGGGAAAAUAUGAUGAUGGAGAUGAAGAGGAAAUGACGAAUGUUGAGUCCUUGAGAUUUAACCUUAAGGCCAUACUAGUUGCUACAAAUGGCUUCUCUGAUUCUAAUAAAAUUGGACAAGGUGGAUUUGGAGUGGUUUAUCGGGGUAAACUGCCUAAUGGACACAUGAUUGCAGUUAAAAGGUUGUCGAUAAAUUCUUCCCAAGGAGAUGGGGAAUUUAAAAAUGAAGUACUAUUAGUAGCGAAGCUUCAGCAUCGAAACUUGGUUAGAUUACAGGGUUUUACUUUAGAAGGAAGGGAAAGGCUAUUAAUUUAUGAAUAUGUUUCAAAUAAAAGUCUUGAUUUCUUCAUAUUUGAUCCUACCAGGAAAGCACAAAUGAAUUGGGAAAAGCGUUUCAAUAUAAUAAAAGGUGUUGUUCGAGGUCUUCUUUAUCUUCAUGAAGAUUCUCGUCUGCGCAUUAUACAUCGUGAUCUCAAAGCAAGCAAUAUUCUAUUAGAUGAUGAGAUGAAUCCUAAAAUAUCUGAUUUUGGAUUGGCAAGAUUGUUUGUUAUAGGUCAAACUCAAGGAAGUACAAAUAGAAUCGUUGGAACCCAUGGAUAUAUGGCACCAGAGUAUGUGAUGCACGGUGAAUUUUCAGUAAAAUCAGAUGUGUUUAGUUUUGGAGUAUUAGUUCUUGAGAUUAUAAGUGGUCAUAAAAAUAAUGCAAGCAUUUGUCAUGGGGUGAAUAUGGAAUAUCUAUUGAGCUAUGCAUGGAGAAGCUGGUUAGAGGGGAACGCAGCUAAUAUUAUAGAUCCAUCAUUACACAAUAGUUCACAAAAUGAAAUAAUGAGAUGCAUUCAUAUUGGUUUACUCUGUAUUCAAGAAGACUUAGUUGACAGACCAACCAUGGCUUCUGUUGCACUUAUGCUUGAUAGUUAUUCUCUCACUCUCUCGACACCUUCCAAACCAGCAUAUUUUAUGGGAAGUGGAUCUAAGAGGCUUCCAAAUAUGGAGCUACUCGUUGAUGAUGCAGCUGCAACAAGAAUUGAUGAAUCAAUUAACCAAGUUUCAAUUACUGAACCAUACCCUCGUUAGGUUUGAAUCAUAAAACAAGAUGGUUCAUAAGGGUGGUAUACAUUAUUUUAUCAUCAAUGUAGCUCAACCAAAUU